AGACAGCUAAAAGCCCAGCAGCAGAGGGGACCGGCUUCCCAGGAGCUCACAGCCUUGAAGACAGAGAAUGGCCAGGAGGAGGAGGAGAAGUGGCUGCGGGAUGCUGGCCAGACAGGCACUGCGAGAAUCGCCCAGGACGUUAACAUCCAGGUGGAAAAGAGAAAAGACCUCGAGCUGGAGGAGCAGUUCGAUGCCCUAAGGAGGGAGCACACGAAGACCCUGCAAGAGCUCCAGAGAGUGCAUGAGCAGGAGAAGCUGCUGCUGGCAGAGUCCCACCACAGGUCCCAGGAGGCCUUACAGGAGACGAUCCAGGCGCUGAAUUCCCAACUGAAGUCCUUCCAGGAGAGGAUGAAGCGGGUGGAGGAGUCGCUCUUGAGCACAGACUACAAAAAGCACAUCCAGGAGCACGGAAGCCCCAGCCCCUUCUGGGAGCAGGAGCUGGAGAGCCUGCACUUCGUCAUCGAGAUGAAGAAUGAGCACAUCCACGGCCUGGAUAAGAAGCUCUCCCUCCUCACCCUUGUGCCCCCCUUCCAGGCGGAGAGGAACCUUCUGCUGGAGGAGAAGGUGAAGACCCUCCAGCAGGAGAACGAGGACCUGCAGGUUCGCACCCAGAACCACUUGGUCAUGGCAAG